CGUCCCCAGAGCAAGACGGUCCCGGGGAAUGUCAACAGAGGAAGAGUCAAUGAUGGCUGGUGGCAAGGGGGAGCCGCGGCACUCCUCGCCCCUGCCGAGCCUGCCCGCCACCCUGCAGCGCGUCCUACCCAGAACUAUCCCCGGACCCGUCAGCCCACAGAACAAGGGCGCCCUGGACUGGGGCUGGCAGGGCUUCUUGGCAUAUGGGGCACAGACAACGGUGGUGGUGGUGGACCCUGUCACCCUGCAGUGCGCCCAGACCCUGUCCAAGCAUCGCACCCAUGUCGUCAAGGUCCGAUGGCGCAAGACUCGUCACUACCACCAGCUCAGUGCGCCCUACAGCCUGGUCCUGGCCUCGGCGGACACUGGAGGGACCAUCCUAGUGUGGGAGGUGGUGCGUGGGGAGGUGGUGGCGACGCUGCAGGAUGGGACCAAGGGUGUGUUGGAGCUGGAGUGGCUGGGGGGCGUGGACGGCAGCGAGCACCUCCUGGCGGCCCUGCACCCCCCUUACUCGCUGGUGCUGUGGGAUACGCGACACAGCACUCGGGUGUGGCGGAAGAGUUACACGGAAACCCUCACCACAUUCCACUUCGACCCAUUCCACAGCAACAAGAUGGCAUUCCUCUGCGGGGGCUGCGUUCUGUUCGUAGAGGAUUUCAGCCUAGCCAAAUGCCCCUCGUCAAAUGGCAGGAAGUUCUAUGUCUCCGCCCCGCGCACCAGUCCGGGGCGGGGCAUGGCGGGGCAGAGCACGCCCGCCCCGCCCACCUCCGCCGCCUCCACCCCCUCCGGCCCCGCCCCGUCAGCCCCGGUUGACGAGAGAGCGAGUUCGAAGAUUAGGAGGAAAAUGAGAGAGUUGGUCGUCGGGGAGAGCAAGCCAAGCCGCGGGGAUGAGUCUGGCGGUCAGCUGGUCGAGUGUCUUCAGCUGGCAUACCACCGUACCGUUCGGGACCAGCUGCUGCUCCUGUACCCCCGGGAGAUCCUGGUGCUGGACCUGACCAUCAACCAGACUGUGGGCAUCGUGGCUGUGGACCGGGCUGUGUCACCCUUCUGCCAGGUGUUGUCGUGCUGGAGGCGGGAUGUUCUGCUCUGUUUACACGAGUCCGGCUCCGUCUCCGCCCACUUCAGACGUCGCCUCCUGCCGCUGCUGCCCUCCUCCCCCGACGAGAGCUCCGGAGGGUCAACGGAUCAGCAGUACUUUGAGGUUAUGUACGAUCGCAAGUGUCACUCGGAACCUCUGCGGCUGAACAGACUGAGCAGACCUAUUGGCUUGACGCUCGACCCAGUGACAGAGAGGCAGAUGGCCCUAGUACUGGGGGACGGCCGCGUGGUCUUCAAGCAGUUGCAGAUCUCCCCCACCCCCGGCAGGCAGGCAGUCGGCACCCCACUCUUCACCCCAGGGCACCCCACCCCCCCGCCUGCCCCCCAGCACCCCCACCAGCACCCCCCCUCCGGCCUGACGAUCUCGGAUGACCACUUCGGGGGAGCGUUCACCCCUGGGGGACUGGGCGGUGGGGUGCCUGGGGUGACCUCUGCCCCCACCCCCCCCCCUAAGCUCACCCUGGGGGAUUUGGUGAAGCCGGCCUGGGCGCUGACGGAGAAUGUGAAGGACCCCACCACCACCACCUCCGCCAGUGCUGCCCCAAGCCACAAGGUCAGUCUGCGCAUCAUCAUGACCGGCCUAAUGCCCUCCGUGUCACCUCCCCCCCUGGUGGUGCGCAUGUGCCCGCCUCUCACCACCCGCAACAUGCACUCCUACCUCCCCCGCAUGGCCGCCGGCACGCAGUCCGGGGCCGUCCAGAUCUUCAACAUGGCCACGGGGAUGCUCGAGAGGGAGUUCGCGUUACACACCUACCCUGUAAGGGGCGUUGAGUGGGCCAGCCUGUCUUCCAUCCUGUCGUUCGGCCAUCAGCCACUCACCAACGGACAGGGGCUGGUGCGGAACGAGCUGGUCUACACGGACACGCUCACUGGCCGCUCCACUCCGCUCCGUACCAACAAGGCGGAGGAGUCGAGCAUUGAUAUGGUGCGAGUGUCGUACCUCAAACAAUACUUCCUGGUGGUGCUGCGCGAUGACCCCCUGGAGCUGUGGGAUGCGCGGCGCCUCCUCCCGCUGCGCACCAUGCCCCGACGCUUCCCCCGGGUCUCCGCCCUUGAAUGGUCCCCCACCUCCCACGUCAAGGCCCCGCGGGUGGACGUUUGGACAGGGCAGGAUGGGGCGUCGGGGGUGAAGGGGGAUGUGAUGACGGACUCAACGCUGUCCCUGGUGGAUGUGGGCUCCCCCACUACCACCACCGCCCCCUCCACCACCCCAGGCACCACCACCACCACCCCCAGCAUCGCCAAAGAGACCUUUGUGUUCACCGACUCUGAGGGACAACUCUACCACUUCUCGGUUGAGGGGAACGUGAUCAAGGAUGGUAGCAAGGUCCCUCCAGACUCCCAAAUGAGCACCAUCACGUCCAUCGCCUGGAAGAGCCACGAGAUUGUCCUCAGCGACGCCGAUGGCAACCUCACCGUCUGGGACCUCAAGACGCGCAUCUCCCGCCACAUCGCCACGCACCGGGGAUGGGUUCGAAAGGUGCGCUUUGCCCCCGGACGCGACAACAUGAAGCUACUGGUGCUCUUCGCCGAUGGGGUGGACGUGUGGGAUGUGCGAGAUGUGGUGUUGGUCAGCCAGCUCAAGACACCCAGGGACAUGGUCAAGAUUGUGGACGCUGAUUGGGCCGCCUCGGACCGCCCCGUGCUGGCUACCGUGGACGGCUGCCUCAGGGUUUUGGACAUGCCCCUCAAGACGUCAAGCUCGCCCCUACACCACUACUGCACGAAGGAGCCCAUCGUGUCACCCUACCUGCUGGGGGGGGAGGCGUCGCUCAACCUGCGCACCCUUCUGACACACCAGCCCUGGCGCACACCCUACACCCUGAGCUUCUCCACCGAGGACGGAUUCACCCCGGAAGAGCUGACGAGCAUCGAGAUCUGGCUGUCGCGCAUCCCCCAGGAGGUGCGGGCAUACCUGGAAGGGUGUGACUCGACGGCCCAGCGCGCCCUUGUCACAUCCCAGCUCUUCGGUGAUCAGGGGGAGCUGGACUUCUGGACCGUGGCUGCGCACUACCUCACGCAUCCCCCCCUGCCACUGGUGAAGGACGAGGGUAGCAGCAGCAGCAGCAGUGUCGGGAGUGCGGAGUUGCUGACCCUCGGAGAGACCUCGUCCAACGCCAGCGAUGACCCCUCCUCCGCCGGCCCCCCCGCAGCCUCCGCCAUUCCCUUCGCAGCCGCCUCCACCUCCUCCGCCCCCCAGGCCCCCCCGCACCCCCUGGAGACCACCUACCACCAUUUGUGCGAUGCUGCUACUUAUAAGCACCAUGAGCUCGAACGCUUGGCCAUUCACGAGAGCAAGGGGUUGGAGGGAGACCAGCGCGCGGCCCUUGGGAGGAGUCUGGCCAUGGUGGGGGAGCGCGACAGGGCGGUGCGGCUCCUCCUGGACGCCGACGCAUCCCACACGCACUUCUACACGGACUGCCUUCGCGCCUGCCUCCUCUCGGCGACGCACCACUCUCCACAGGCGCAGUCCACCAUCAAGCUGGUCGCCACUAACCUUAUCGCGGCUGGGAACAUAUGGGAAGGCGUGGAGCUGCUGUGUCUGAUCGGCAAGGCGGGGGAUGCAUGCAGAUACCUCCAGUCGUAUGGUCAGUGGCUGGCGUCCGUGUGGCUGGCAAAGUGCGCCCUGCCCGUAGCUGAGACUGUGGAUAUCCUCCGACGCUGGGCGCACCAUCUCGUCACCACUGGCAAUAAGGACCAGGGCGUGUGCGUACUCCUCUCCGUCGGAAGCAUCGCAGCCGCCAUCGAACAGCUCGUCACCCAACACUACCACCAGAGGGCCGCCCUUCUCCUCUCAGCCGCCACCCAGCACCACGCCCUGCCGCCACUCACCAACCCCCCUCAACAACACCAGUCAGCGUCAUCAUCAGCCGCCACCACCACCACCACCUCCGCCGCCUCCUCCUUCCAGCCCGUCACCACCACCACCUCGACGUCGCCCACGCUCUCGUCGUCUUCGUCAUCAUCCUCGUCCUCGUCGUCAGGUUCGCUCGGCUCGCUGGUUGAGAAUAUUCAUCGAAAGUAUGUGCUUCACCUCUAUAGUCUGGGCAACCAGCCGGCCGUCACACACUUCUGUCGGCUCCUCGGGGAGAAGGGACACACCCUCCUGCAGGAACUAGAUGCCCUGCAGUGAUGAGGCGAUGGUGGGAUGUGCUAGAGAGAUGCGCUGAAGAUGUGUGUUCCAGUCGUAUAGUUAGUCAUAGAGUUUUAUAUUUAGUUCUGUAUAAUUUUUUUUUUUUUUAUAUAUAUCUUUGGCAUAGUGAUGGUGGGAUGUGCAAGGUGGGAUGUGCUUGAGAGAUGUGCUGAAGAUGUGUAUGGUCCAGCCGUACAGUUAGUCAUGCAGUUUUAUAAUUAUUUCUGUAUUAGUUUUUCUUGAUUUCCUUGGUGGGAUGUGCAAGGUGGGAUGUGUUAGAGAGAUGUGCUGAAGAUGUGUAUGGUCCAGUCGUACAGUUAGUCAUACAGUUUUAUAUUUAGUUAUAUGUUUUCUUAAUUUCUUUAUACUGCAGUGAGAGUGGGAUGUGCAAAGUUGGUGGGAUGUGCUGAUGAUGUGUUACACUUGUACAGUCACUUAUACAAUUCUUGAUUUAGUUCUGUAUUAAUUUUUUCUUCUUAAUUUUUGUUGUUUAGUGAUGGGGUGAUGGUGGGAUGUGCAAGAUAGAUGGGAUGUGAUGGAGAUGUGUUAGAGUUGAAGUCAUUCCUAUAAUUUGUUAGUUAUGCAGUUCUUUGCUUUCCUUCAUUCCUUUGUCCAGGGAUAAGGUGUAAGUGGGAUGUGCUGAAGGUGUGCUAAUGAUGUGUUUAAGUCCCACACAUCCUACAAUCGGUCCAAGAAUCAAUUAUCAAGUUGUUUAUUUUGUUUUCCUUGAUUUUUUUUUGGUCCUAGGAUGGUGUGAUGUGCUAGUGGGAUGUGCUGAAGGUAUGUUAAGGAUGCAUUCAAGUUCUUCACAUCCUACAUUCAGUUCAAGAGUUGGUUAUUUGUUUUUCUCCCUUCUUUCUUUUGUCCAGGAAUGAGGUGCAAGUGGGAUGUGCUAAGUAGGAUAUGCUAAGGAUGUGUUGGAGUCCUACAUAUCCUACAGCCAGCCCAGGAGUUAGCUGAUUGGUUGUUUUUGAUCCUUUGUCUUACAGGGGAUGAGGUGCAAGUGGGAUGUGCCAAGUAGGAUGUGCUGAAGAUGUGCUAAGGAUGUGUUCAAAUCCUGCAGUUUGUUUAUCUAGUGGUUCCUUUGUUUUCCUUGAUUCCUUUGUCCUGCAGUGAUGGGGUGAGGGUGGGAUGUGCUAGGAGGGAUGUGCUCAGUCAGCUUUGUUUGCAUUUGUAUCAUUCUACUAUUGUCUUUUUUUGGUAUUUCAUUUUCUUCCUUCCUUCCUUAAUUCCUUUCUUCCUUUUCUUCAUUCAGUUCAUUCUUUCCUUCAUUCCUUAUUUCCUUCCUCUCUUUCCUUUCUUUUCUCACUGUCUUCCAUAUGUCCUUCUUUUCUUUCCUUAUUUCCUCUUCCUUCAUUCUUUUCUUCCUUCUUUUCCCUUCUUUCUUUCCCUUUCUUCCUUCUUUUCCCUUCUUUCUUUCUCUUUCUUCCUCCCUCUCAUUUCCGUUAUUUUCCUUCUCUCUCUCUCUCCUUCCUUCUGUGACUUCCUUUCCCUUCCUUUUCUCAGUCCAUUUAUACUUAAUCUUUCUCCUCCUCCUCUUCCUAUCAUCUAUAAUAUUCCUUUGUUUUGAUUCAUUACGUUUAUAUAUUUUACCUUCCUUUAUGUAUGUGUCCAAUUGUGGCGUCUAUGAUUCCUCUCCUCCUUGAUGUUCAUUUGUUUCAUUUAUAUAUAUAUAUUUUUUUUCCUCAUUUUGUCGCUUAUAUAUGAGAAUUUACAUAGAGAUAGAAUUAUAUAUAUAUAGUAGAUGCAUUCCAGUUAUUAUUAUUAUUAUUAUUAUUAUUAUUAUUAUUAUUAUUAUUAUUAUUAUUAUUACUAUUAUUAUUACUGUUGAUGUUGAAAAGUUUAAUAGGAGAAGAAAGUUAGUUACAAUAGUCAUAGAAGUAGUAGUAGUAGUAGUAGUAGUUGCAGUAAUGUGUGUGUGCGUGUGUGUGUGGAAACCAUUAUGCACAUGUGUGUACGCAAUAAAUAACGUACAUGUAUUCCUUCCUAAAGAAAUAUACAUACAUCUGUGCAUUAUUUUUUUUAAUGUGUGUUUGUGUGCAAAAAAAGUAUGAUCGUGUGUACUUUUACAGGGCGUGUGUGCGUAUUGAUACCUGUGAGUGUGCCAAAAAUGUAUGAUUGUGUGCGCUUUUCAUAGGACCGUGUGCACCUGUGUGUGUGUGUGUGUGUGUGUGUGUGUGUGUGUGUGUGUGUUUGCACCAAAAAAGUAUAUGUGCACCGAAAAGUAUGUUCAUGUGCACCAAAAAGUCUGAUCAUGUGCACCCAAAAAGUAUGAUCAUGUGCACCAAAAAGUAUGAUCAUGUGCACCAAAAAAGUAUGAUCAUGUGCACCAAAAAAGUAUGAUCAUGUGCACCCAAAAAAGUAUUAUCAUGUGCGUUUUCCAGUGUGUGUGUGUGCGUCAAAAAAAGUAUGACCAUGUGCACCAAAAAGUAUGCUCAUGUGCGCUUUUCCAGGGUGUGUACGCCAAAAAAGUAUGAUCAUGUACGCUUUUUCAUAGUGUGUGCGCCAAAAAAGUAUGAUCAUGUGCGCUUUUUCAUAGUGUGUACGCCAAAAAACUAUGAUCAUGUGCGCUUUUUAUAGUUGUGUGCGUGUAUGUGUGUGUGUGCGUAUUAUAACCCAUGUACACAUCCAUAACCUAUAUGUACGCCAUUCUCCGAGGGCUGUGUGUACGCUUUCCCGGCCCGUGUAUGUACGCUUUUUCAAGAGCUGUGUGCGUGUUACUCUAUAAGUGGUACGCACACAUGUAAGCAUUCCAGUCAUGUACAUACGUAUGUAUGUAUAUCUCAGCAGUCAUGUACACAUUUGAGCCAGAAACGUACAUAAUAUACAGUCAUAUGUAC